UAUGGCUACAAUGAUUAGCAGUAUGCAAUCUGUUUAGCGACCGGGCUACAGUGACAAUACAAGCACCUCCUACUCUCCUGUCAAAUUUAGGUCUCUCUCUGUCUCUCUGCACCUCAGUCGGGCUGUUUGAAGCAGACUCCGGACACAGUGGACAGAAAGCGGAUAGAACGAAGGCAUUGCAACACCUGGUUUACAUGCACUGCCUUCACGUUUUGCGUAUGUAGUCUAUUGCUGUUAUUUGUCAUCAUUAUUAAUAUAGCUACAAUAUGUGAACUAAUACAAACAAAUCUUAGUAAAAUAUCGCUGUUAAGUUUUUUUUUUUUCUUAUCUUUCCUGUAACUUAUUUUUUAUUUUACUAUCGGUAUAUACGCUAUUUGUUUUUGCUAUCGAACAGACAUAAUCUAUUCCGGACAAUUUCAGAGCAUUCAUAAUCUACAAUUUGCAGAAAUGAAUGAAUAAUUAUUGUUGUAUAGAGACUAUAAAUAAAUACAAUUAUUGUGUUAAGUAUCAGACAUCAAGAGGACCGAAAACCAGUUAGCAGAACGGCUUAGGAAGAAGAAAAAAAAAACACAUGACUGUCAUUAUUUGGUUCUACGUGAAUCCUUGUGUGUAAUUUCACAAGUAAGUUGAGCAGUAAAAUGACUCAGUUUCAGAAACUUGACUGAAUUAUCGAAACCAAGGAGCGAUAUCCCACAAAAAGAAGAAAGCGCGGCAGCGGAAGAAACAUUAUUGUGGGUUUUUUUUUUGGUUGAUGUGUGAAGAUGAGUACGGAAAAGGAUCUCUCCCCCUUGACCCCCAGCAUUGUGCGGGCCCUCAGUGAUAAACUGUACGAGAAGAGGAAGGUGGCAGCCCUUGAGAUUGAAAAGCUGGUGCGUGAGUUUGUCGCUCAGAAUAACUCAGCCCAGAUCAAACAUGUGAUCCAGACCCUGGCGAUGGAGUUUGCCCUGUCCCAGCACCCCCACAGCAGGAAGGGGGGGCUCAUUGGGCUGGCAGCCUGCUCCAUCGCACUCGGCAAGGACUCUGGGCUGUACCUGAAGGAGUUGAUUGAGCCAGUCCUCACCUGCUUUAACGACUCUGACAGCCGGCUGCGCUACUAUGCCUGCGAGGCUCUCUACAACAUUGUGAAGGUGGCGCGGGGAGCGGUCUUGCCACACUUCAACGUGCUCUUCGACGGUCUCAGCAAGCUGGCAGCAGAUCCCGAUCCCAAUGUCAAGAGUGGCUCUGAGCUCUUGGACCGACUGCUGAAGGAUAUCGUCACCGAGAGUAGCAAGUUCGACCUUGUGGCCUUCGUUCCUCUGCUGCGGGAGAGAAUAUACUCCAACAACCAGUAUGCUCGCCAGUUCAUCAUCUCCUGGAUCCUGGUUCUGGAGUCUGUCCCCGGUAUUAACCUGCUGGACUAUCUCCCCGAGAUCCUGGACGGGCUCUUCCAGAUACUGGGGGACGGCAGUAAGGAGAUCCGCAAAACGUGUGAAGUGGUUUUAGGGGAAUUCCUCAAGGAGAUCAAGAAGACUCCCUCCAGUGUCAAGUUUGCUGAAAUGGCUAAUAUCCUAGUAAUCCAUUGCCAGGGAUCAGAUGAGUCCAAACUGACGAAUGACCUGAUCCAGCUGACGGCCAUGUUGUGGAUGCGGGAGUUCAUCCAGCUGGCGGGGCGUGUGGUGCUUCCCUACUCCUCGGGCAUCCUGACCGCUGUGCUACCCUGCCUGUCCUACGACGACCGCAAGAAGAGUACCAAGGAGGCAGCCAACGCCUGUAACCACAGCCUGAUGAAGUUGGUGACUCUCGAAGAUGAUGUGGAGGAGGCUGAAGGGGGCAGUGAGCUGCCACAGCAGGACGACACCCCUCCCCGGACCCAGGACACCGUGGACAAUUCACUGAAUGCUUCACAAGGUUCGGUUGGCUUCAGCAAAAUCCGCUUUUUCACGCCGGCCAGCUCAGAGAGGGCUCAGGUGACUUUAGACCUAGACGGGAUUGUGCAGGUCCUGGAUCGGCACCUCCAUGACCCGGCCACAGGAAUGAUGACCCGCAUCUCUGUGCUCAAGUGGCUCUACCACCUGUAUAUCAAAACACCACGGAAGAUGUUCCGCCACACUGACCGCCUCUUCCCAAUGCUUCUGAAGACACUCUCCGAUGAAUCGGAUGAGGUGAUCCUCAAGGAUCUGGAGGUUUUGGCCGAGAUCGCCUCCUCUCCGGCCGGACAGACAGACGCGCCGGGGUCAUGUGACAGCUCGGACAGCAAAUCCGAGCUCCAGGUUCCAGGGUUGACCAAAUCAUUUCAGCCGAGUGGGUUUGGAUCAAAGGGGGCUGAUUGCUCCCCCUCCACCCCCAGCAUGAACUCCUACUUCUACAAGUUCAUGAUCAACCUGUUGAAGCAGUUCAGCAUGGAGAGGAAGCUGCUGGAGAUGAGAGGCACCUUCAUCAUCAGGCAGCUGUGCCUCCUGCUCAAUGCAGAGAAUAUCUUCCACUCCAUGGCAGAUAUCCUGUUGAAAGAGGAGGACCUCAAGUUCGCGUCCAUCAUGGUGCAGACUCUCAACACCAUCCUGCUGACCUCUGCUGAGCUCUUCCAGCUCCGGAACCAGCUCAAGGACCUCCACACCCAGGAGAGCUGUGCUCUGUUCUGCUGCCUGUACCGUUCCUGGUGUCACAGCCCAGUGGCCACUGUUUCCCUGUGCUUCCUCACCCAGAACUACAAGCACGCCUACGACCUCAUCCAGAAAUUCGGCGACCUUGAGGUGACCGUAGACUUCCUGAUGGAGGUGGACAAACUGGUGCAGCUCAUUGAGUGUCCCAUCUUUACAUAUCUUCGUCUUCAGCUGCUGGAUGUAGAGAACAAUCCCUACCUGAUCAAGGCCCUUUACGGGCUCCUCAUGCUGCUGCCACAGAGCCAGGCCUUUAUGAUGCUGUCCCACAGGCUGUGCUGCGUCCCCAACCCGGAGCUGAUGAGGGCUGCGCCCCAGAAAAAGCCUACAGACUCAAGUAAGGCUACCCCAGUGCACAUUAACUACGGGGAGCUGCUGCAGCAUUUUGACCGGGUCCAGAAAAAACACCUGGAGGUCCGGCACCAGAGAGCAGAUCGAGCCAAGCACCUUGACCGGAAACUUGUGCUCUGAUUGAAGGAGAGGGGACCUGCCCAGGCAACACAUCCCACUCAACUUGACUGACCAGCCCACCAGGACUUUGGGCAUUCCUUUUUAAAUUGAUGUGUGAUCUGUUUUAGAGCUCUUUACGAAGGUGCAGAAUGCACAGGCCUGAAAAUCUGAGAACAGAGUUAUUUACUGUUGAUUAAUAGUAAUAAGGUGCUGGAUGUGCGCUAACUUAGUCAAAUGGCUUCUCCACUGCCCCACAAUGCACUCUGUUCUCUGCGGGGGAUGUCCUUGUUGAAGCAUCUCUGCUUUCGGAUCAUGUGCCAAUCGAGGUGGCUUUGUUAAGCUGGAAGUGAGCUGAACCUGCUCCCCCAUUCACAGGCAAAACUUGAAUAUUUUUAAAUACAGACUUGUCAUGUUUUUCUAUGGUCCUGAGAACCGUUUGUUGUUUUUAGCAUGACACCUUCUCCAAAAUGAAACGUGCUUCUCCUCAUUCUGGCCUUUCAGCAGCAUGAAAAUUCCAUCACAUGCUUAUAAACAGGCAGUUUAAUUACAUUCAUUAUGACAGGUGUAAACAUACUGCAUGAAGCAGGAAGUUAUUUUGAAAUGUCUUCUGUAGCCCGUGUACUGAUUCUGCAACAAUAUUAAUAAAGUUCUGCCAAAAGUUCUUCUGUGGGAAGCUGAUAAUGACUUUGUAGUUUCACUGCCUCUGUCCUCACCUGUUGUUUACUGUCUUAUGUUGUUUGUUUAUCCUUCCUUUUGGUCUUUCAGUGUCUCUCCCUUCUUCAAAUCAAAUUGUAUUUAUAAAGCGGCUGUCAUCCCUUCUCAUUCUUUCUCUCGUUCUCUGUGAGAUGCAUGUUGCCUUAGAAUUUACGUAAUCCCUCUGUGAAACAGAAUGCACUCUAUAAUGCAGUGCAACAUUAAAUAAAAUAUUAACCAUGCUUUAUCGGUUUAUUCCACAAAACAGUUGUUGGGUUUUGCUUUCUGUCACUAGUCCAUUUGGUCACCAGCAUGAGGCACUAAACAGCAUUGCCUCUAUUGGAGGGAGUCCACUUUGAUCAGUGUUGUCAUUGAGUGCAGUACCACUCAGUCAUCUUGUCUUUAAAAAAAAAAAAAAAGGUACACCAAGAAAAUCAGGUAAGAAAACUUUCAAAUGAAGGCAAAUGUGAUUAACCCAUUCCAGUUUUAAUUCAGUCAAAUCAGGAAUGGAUCAAAAUGUUCUGCAAAUGGGAGUCUUAUUUCCAUGCCUGUUAACUGGGCAGGCACCCAGGGCUGUUGCCAGCUUGAUUAGGGCUUUUGGAGAUGGAGAAAUGAGCCCUGAGCCCCACUUUACAGUGCAGAGCUCAGUCCAUCUGCGCAAAGGCAUUGAGUAGCCUUGCAGCCAUGUAGUCUCCCCUCCCAUUAAAACUAGCAAUACCCUCCCUUUUGACAGAAAGUAAAAGUGAUGAGAUUGUGUUAAACAGUGGUCAUGUCUGCUCUGCAAAGGGUUAACCCUGGGUCCACAGCUUAUCUCCUCUACAAGGUAAAAUUCAAUAUCCCCCAAGUCUUCCUCUCA